GACUCUUGUUCUGUGGUAUGCAAGCUUUACAGCUUUCUAACAACUUCACAUUCAUUUUGGAGACAUGUCUGUGAGUAUCCUAGUGAUCCUUGUGCUGCAUGCAUGGCUUCCAGCACAAGCCCAAACAAGUUUCUUCUUCAACAAAUUCAAUGCCACUACCCUUUAUCAGAUCGGAAACACUUCAAUCCGUUCCGAUUCCAUCUGCCUCACAAAUCAAUCGGAACACAUCUUUGGCCGCGCUUUAUAUAAUCAGCCUGUGCGUAUGAAAGGUCGCGGAUCGGACAAAUCAAUCUUGUCAUUCAGCACCACCUUCGUAUUCGCCAUGGUUCCUUCUUCUUCCGAUCCUUUACGCAGCGGGCAGGGCAUGACCUUUAUCAUAGCGCCCAGCAAGUCUUUGGUGAGAGCUUCACCACCUGAUUUGUUAGGUUUGUUCAAUCUCUCCACCUUCAGAGAUCAGUCCAAUCAUCUGUUUGCCGUUGAGUUCGACACACAGAAAAACCCGUUGUUCGAAGACAUCGACGACAAUCAUGUGGGUGUGGAUCUCAACAGCAUCAUAUCUGUAAACUCUACGCCUGCAGGAUACUGGAUUGGCGACCACUUCCAUCAACUAGAUCUCAACAGCGGACACAAUAUUCAGGCAUGGAUCGACUAUGAAGAUACACAACAGCAUUUGAAUGUUACCAUAGUAGAAGCUGGUUUAUUUCGGCCCAAGAAGCCUCUUUUAUCUCUUAAAGUUACAGGCCUGUCCAACAUUUUCGAAGAAGAAAUGUAUGUUGGAUUCUCUGCAGCUACAGGAGCCGAUGUCGAAGACCACUGUGUCCUCGCUUGGAGCUUCAGCACAAAUGGAUCCGCGCCUGAGCUGGAUCUAUCUCAUCUUCCUUCUCUUACAGUUACCAUGCGCAAGAGUUCCAACCACCGACUUAUAGCUGCUAUUACUGCAACUCUGGUAUUUCUCUUGUUGCUUGUGGUUGUUGUAGGGUUCUUUUGGUGGAAGAGGAACAAGUACGGAGACGAUAUAGAAGAAUGGGAGAUAGAGUAUUGGCCUCACAGAUUUGACUACAAAGACUUAUAUAUUGCAACCAAGGGCUUCAGGGACGAUCAAGUUCUGGGCUCUGGAGGUUUCGGACAGGUGUACAAAGGAAUUAUUCCUGUUAGUGGACGGGAAGUUGCUGUAAAAUCCAUCUUUAAAGAGAACGCUGAAGCUCUCAAGGAAUUCAUAGCAGAGAUUUCAAGUCUCGGGCGUUUGCAGCAUCGGAAUCUUGUGCAAAUCAGAGGCUAUUGCAGGAGAGGAGCAAAGUUUUUCAUAGUGUAUGACUACAUGCCAAAUGGAAGCCUGGACAAGAUGAUAUUUCAGAAGAUGAAGAGCGUGCUGACGUGGGCUCAGAGAUACAGAAUUCUGAGAGACGUUGCCGCAGGAUUGCUGUAUCUUCACGAAGAGUGGGAACAGGUGGUGGUGCACAGAGACAUCAAAUCCAGCAACGUUUUGUUGGAUUCUGAACUUAAUGGCAAGCUGGGGGACUUCGGGCUUGCUCGUCUGUAUGAGCAUAGAGGAAACCUGCAUACUACUCAUGUGGUGGGUACUCUUGGCUACAUCGCACCAGAGCUAGUACACACAGGAAAGGCCGCUACUAGCACAGAUGUGUUCGGCUUUGGUAUUUUGAUGUUGGAGGUUGCCUGUGGGAGGAGGCCUGUGGAACCCUCUCUCGAUGCUUCUCAGAUAGUCAUGGUGGACUGGGUGAGAGAUCUUCAUGCGAAUGGCAGGCUCAUGGAUGUAGCAGAUCCCAAUCUUGAUGGCGAAUAUGAUGAGGAUGAGAUGAAGACGGUGCUCGAAUUGGGACUGAUGUGUUGCAAUUCUCAACCACAGGCGAGGCCUACCAUCAGACAAGUAUUGCAAAUAAUUGAAGAUGAAGUCUCUAUUCCGCCCGUAUAUCUCGGUGAGAUGGGUGGAGGGAGCAGUAGCUUAUAUCCAAGUACAGGAGUAUCUUAUGCGUCGACUUCCACGUCUAUAGGGCCGCCAAGUACAGGAGUAUCUUAUGCGUCGACUUCCACGUCUAUAGGGCCGCCAAGUACAGGAGUAUCUUAUGCGUCGACUUCCACCUUCUAUAGGGCCGCGAUAGUUUAGAGUCUCAACAGAUUUAGUAAAGAUUGCAUUCUCAGAUUUUAAUGGAGGUUUUAUAUUUUAACGCUACGACAUACAGUUCAAUUCUAAAUAUGCUCUCCUGUGAGUGCACAUAUUGAAUUUGAUAGUCAUCUUAGUUGUACGUAUAUACUCUUGGUAAACAUCUCAAAUGGUUUUGGCAUUCAAGUUGACUUCUUGAUGUCUGAUUUGAAUUAUUGAGCCGAUAGGGGCUUUCUUGUUCGGAAAUUUGUCAGCCUUGUACAUAUUGAAUUUGAUAGUCAUCUUAGUUGUACGUAUAUAUUCUUGGUAAACAUCUCAAAUGGUUUUGGCAUUCAAGUUGACUUCUUGAUGUCUGAUCUGAAUUAUUGAGCCGAUAGGGGCUUUCUUGUUCGGAAAUUUGUCAGCCUUGUACAUAUUGAAUUUGAUAGUCAUCUUAGUUGUACGUAUAUACUCUUGGUAAACAUCUCAAAUGGUUUUGGCAUUCAAGUUGACUUCUUGAUGUCUGAUCUGAAUUAUUGAGCCGAUAGGGACUUUCUUGUUCGGAAAUUUGUCAGCCUUGUACAUAUUGAAUUUGAUAAUCAUCUUAAUUGUACGUAUAUAUUCUUGGUAAACAUCUCAAAUGGUUUUUGCAUUCAAGUUGACUUGAUGUAGGCUCUUAGUAUGGGCUUUCUUAUUCGGAAAUUUGUCAGCCUUCCGGCAAUUACGGGACAUCCGACAUCUUCCCGGCCACUCUUUGUUUUCAGGCGACGUAUUUUUGUUCAUUUAUUUCCCAGCAGUGAAAGUGUACGACUCCAGCAGUUUGACGUCUGGGCAGCUCAUAUGGGAGAUCGUGAAGAGAAACAAUUGCUUCGUCGUCAAGCAGAACGGCAACAGCUCUGCCAAGGUUUAGUUCAGCGGCGAGCAUAGCAUAACAAUAUCUACAAUUUGAACUCAUUGAAGUUUUCAGGUAUUUUUGUUAAAAGAUUAUAUCGUCGUCCUUACGUUUCCAUGGCAUUUGUAUUGUGAGAGAUCUAUUGGACGCAUUUGUAUUGUGAGAGAUCUAUUGGACACACACCUUGAAGUAAUUAUGUAUCAGCCUAGAAAUACUGUCUCUCUGAUUAUCCUCCGGUUACCCAAGAUAAUGAGAAGUUAGCAUGCUGUUUUUCUUUUGUCAGGGUUUGUUUUAGGUUUGAGUUUUGGGGUCACAAUAAUAUAAGCGCUUUCCUCAAACAAUAACUUGCUAAGGCUUUCAGGUAGCCGCUUCAAAAGUGUUUUAUUUUUCGAAUUUAUCUCCGUUCUCAUGAUUUUGGAUCCAUUUGUGCUUAAGAGUGGGGUUGUUGGCAGAAUGGGGUUAUUGGCUGGUUUUAAUUCUGCGCGAAACAAUGGGCAGCAUCCUUGAAAUCAAAAUCUGGGUCAUGUUUGACUUCGUAAAAAUGGUUUAUAUGCUAUGAUAGAGAAACAUCCCUUCGGCCCUUUCUUUUUUCUGCCAUAAAUUUCACUGCUUAUAAUUUUAGGGAGGAUUCCUGCAAUAGAAAAACAAGCAGCCAGAUUUAGUAUAAUCUGUACAGUGAAAGGGCUGACCAAUAUGGCUUAGAAAUAGCAAAAAGAGGGACUCCUUGGAGCCUUUCCAAAAUUAGAAGCGUAAAUUAACGAUGUCAGGAAACUGCAAAUCUGAAAUGAGCGACUAAAAUUUUAUUGUUCAACCAAGAACAAACCUGUAUGAGUGAGAUAUCCAGGGU